AUGGACCUUGAAACACUUGAAAAUAUCAAUAGCGGUGCGAUUGUGACGUUUACGCCGAAACAUACCAACCCAAUUAUUGCAUGCGCCAAUUGCGGGAACCCAAUGGAAUCCCAGGGGGUUGCCAUUUGUCCUGAAUGUAUUCGGCUUUCUGUGGACAUAACUCGAGACAUUCAAAAGUCAGGGACACUUGUUUUUUGCCGUAAAUGUGGGCGACUUCAAGUUCCUCCUAGCCAUUGGGUUUAUGCACCACCAGAGAGUCGUGAAUUGCUUGCUGCCAUUUUGAAGCGGAUCCGCGGGUUGUCAAAGGUGCGGCUUGUGGAUGCUAGGUUUAUAUGGACAGAGCCGCAUUCACGACGACUAAAGCUUAAAAUUUCUGUUCAAGGAGAGGCAGAGGAGUAUCAAAAUACAGUUGUUCAGCAAUCUUUUGAAGCGGAGUUUGUGGAACAGGGCUCGCAGUGUCCUGAUUGUGCAAAGAGCUACACGGCCAAUACCUGGGUGGCAAGUAUCCAAGUGCGGCAGCGGGUUGCACAUAAGCGGACAUUUUUCUAUUUGGAGCAGUUGAUCUUAAAACACAAGGCACAUAAGAAUACGGUGAAUAUCCAAGAGAAUAAGGAAGGGCUUGAUUUCUAUUAUAAUGAUCGGAAGUAUGCGGUAAAGAUGAUGGAAUUUCUUCAAUCUGUGAUUCCAGUUAAGGUGAAGAAGAGUGAGGAGUUUAUUUCUCAAGAUACUCAUACCAGCAAGAAGACAUUUAAGUUUACAUAUCAUGUGGAGAUUGUUCCUAUUACAAAGGACGAUUUGGUGGUGUUGCCUAAGAAGAUUGCCAAUUCGCUUGGACUUUUACCGACCCAGCUGGUUCUGUGUCGACGGAUUGCCCAUACUAUUCAUUUUCUUGAUCCUACUACAAUAAAGACAGCUGAAUUAACAGCAGCCAAUUAUUGGAAGACACCGUUUGGGUCUUUGGAGACUAUGAAGAACCUGACGGAGUAUGUUGUGUUGGAUGUGGAUCAGGCAGGUGAGAGUAGGGGGAAUCUUGUUCUUUGUGAUGUUACAGUUGCGCGCAGUUCUGAUUUAGGGGUCAAUGAUACGACUUAUUAUGUACGAUCACAUUUAGGUGGGAUUAUUCAUCCUGGAGAUACAGUGAUGGGGUAUGAUUUGGAGAAUGCUAAUUGGAAUAGUGAGUUAUGGGAUGGGUUAGAUAAGGAUCGGAUUCCUAGUGUUAUUUUGGUAAAGAAGGUAUAUGAUGGAGAGGGCAAGCGGAAGGCGAAAAAGAAACGCAAUUGGCGGUUGAAGCGGAUGGCGGUGGAACAUAAUGAGAGAGAGCAAGAGCGGGCGGCAGAUGCAGUUGAUGUUGGAGGGAAAGGAGGAGGAGGUGGAGGAGGUGGAUUGAAUAAGCAGGAUGCAGUGAUUGCAAGACAGGAACGUGAUUAUGAGGAUUUCUUGGAGGAGCUUGAACAGGAUGAGCAGUUACGAUCUGAUGUCAAUUUUUAUGCUGAUGGAGAUGGAGAGGAAGUUGUAGAUGAUGAUGAUUAUGAUGAUGAUUUGCCUGAGAUUGGAAUUGAUGAGCUGAAGAUUGAUAGUGAGGAAGAGGAAUGA